GCGUCGCGUGUCUGCGGGGGCAAGAUGGCGGCCGCCGCCGGCGGGGGGAGCGGCAGCGCGGCAGCGGAGAGCCCCGCCGGGCAGGAGGGGCGAGGCGAGGCGGCAGCACCCCCGGCGGAGGCGGAGAGGGGCAGCGCGGCGGCGGUGCUGCCUGGCUUCGCCGACGCCGACGCCUUCGUCAAGUAUGCUCUUGGCACAGUGGUAGCUGCAACAAAGGCAUCUAAUGGGCUUCCUCAGCCUGGCGAUGAGUAUGACUUCUACCGAAGCUUCCCUGGCUUCCGCGCGUACUGUGAAACACAGGGUGACCAUCUCCUUCACUGCAUGAGCAAAGUGAUGCAAUACCAUGGCUGCCGUAGCUAUGUGAAAGAUCGCAGCAAAGUGACAGAGUUGGAAGAUAAAUUUGAUAUGCUGGUUGACUCCAAUGACAUCAUUCUUGAAAGAGUGGGUAUUUUACUGGAUGAAGCAGCGGGAGUGAAAAAAAACCAGCAACCGGUCCUCCCUGCUGGGUUACAGCCCCCACAGACGAUCAUUUCCAGCUGGAACCGCAAGGUGGGAGAAUCUCACAAAAGAACUCAAUCUGAAACCUUCCGACUGCUUCAUGCUAAGAAUAUCUCUCGACCACAGCUUAAGUUUCGGGAAAAGAUUGACAAUUCCAACACUCCCUUUGUACCUAAACUUUUUAUCAAGCCCAAUGCUUUGAAACCUUUGCCUGAAGCCCUCACAAAAAGUGGACGGGAACGAAAGGAGCGGCCUGAAGACUUGGAUGUACCAGCUGCUUUGGCAGACUUCAUACACCAGCAGAGGACACAGCAAACUGAGCAAGACAUGUUUGCUCACCCUUACCAGUAUGAACUGGAGCAUUUUUCUCCACCAGAUGGAGUUCUCAAGAAACCAGAACCCCAGAUGUACAGGCCCAUCAAGGAAACACCCUGUCAUUUUAUCACCACACUGGAUGAGCUGGUAGAUCUAAACGAAAAGCUUAUGAACUGUAAAGAAUUUGCACUGGACUUAGAGCAUCAUUCCUACAGGAGCUUCCUGGGCUUGACGUGUCUGAUGCAGAUUUCCACCCGAACAGAAGACUUCAUUAUUGAUACACUGGAAUUGCGCAGCGACAUGAACAUUCUCAACGAGACCUUCACAGACCCUGCAAUUGUGAAGGUCCUUCAUGGUGCCGAUUCAGAUGUGGAAUGGCUGCAAAAAGACUUUGGUCUGUACUUGGUGAACAUGUUUGAUACUCACCAAGCUGCUCGUCUCCUCAAUCUUGGCAGGCAUUCUUUGGACCACUUGCUAAAGCUGUAUUGCAAUGUAGAUGCUGACAAGCAGUACCAGCUGGCUGACUGGAGGAUACGCCCUUUGCCAGAAGAAAUGAUUCGGUAUGCCCGUGAUGACACUCAUUACUUGCUCUACAUCUAUGAUAAAGUGAGGGAGGCGCUGUGGGAGAAAGGGAAUGAGCAGCCCACUCAGCUGCAGGUUGUGUGGCAACGCAGCAAGGACAUCUGCCUCAAGAAAUACAUCAAACCCCUCUUUUCAGAUGAAUCCUACCUUGAGCUCUACAGGAGGCAGAAAAAACAUCUCAACACGCAGCAGCUGGCAGCAUUUAGGUUGCUGUUUGCAUGGAGAGACAAGAUGGCGCGUCAAGAGGAUGAGAGUACAGGAUACGUGCUACCAAAUCAUAUGCUAUUGAAGAUAGCAGAGGAGCUUCCCAAAGAACCCCAGGGCAUCAUUGCUUGCUGUAAUCCAAUCCCACCACUAGUUCGCCAGCAGAUUAAUGAAUUGCAUCUUCUCAUUCAGCAGGCCCGGGAGAUGCCUCUUCUCAAGUCAGAGAUUGCUGUGACAGUCAAGAAAAGAGCACCUCUAUCCAACCCUGAGAAGCUGGAGAAUACCUUCUUUGGACCACAUGACAGUUCCCGGAUUCCUAUGGAUUUUCAGAACAACUCUGUCUUGGAGCCUGCACCAGUUUUGGAACAUGGCUGUCUCUUUUCAGACAGUGAGCGGACAAUGAAUAUUCAGGAUGUUCAGCCAGAGUCAUCAUGUCUUGUUGCUACUGCCACUGUCAGCAUAUUCAGUGAAUGUGAUGAAGAUGAAGGAAAUGAGAAGACUUUAACCACUGCACAGCAGAAAGCUCAGCGUAUAAUGGAGUCCUUUGAAAAUCCAUUUAGAAUGUACCUGCCUUCAGAACAGAACCCUGCCUAUGUCUCUCAAUCUGCGAAGUUUGACCCGUCAUCAAAAAUUUAUGAAAUCAGCAAUCGAUGGAAGUUGAUGAGUCAGACACAACCACAGAAGGAGUCCAAGGAUGAAACAAAAAAGAAAGCAGCCCAGCAGUCAGCUGCUCGUGACCAAGCACAGAAGGUGUACAAAGAGGCAACAGAAAAUAUUGUGUCUGUUCGUCAGCAAGCUAUGCAGGAACAAGCUAAUAAGAAAAGGGAGAGGGUCAUGAGUGAAACAGGAACAGAGUUGCCAAAACAAGAGAAGAAACGGCCAAAAGCCUCCCAGCAACCAGAGGAGCUGGAAGCACCGAAGCAGUUUACCCCCUUUGAUUACAGCAAGUCCAACUUCAAAGUGUUUGCGGGAAGCAGCAAAUCGAAGCAGUCGCCACAAUUCGAUCCUGCCAAGCAAGCUUAUGCAGGCAAGAAAUUUGCUGGAGCUAACAAACUUCAACAGUCUGGAAACAGAAGCAUGUCCUACCUGGCGGGGAAAGCGGAGAGGGGUUCCAGGCACCACUGGCCGAAGAGAUAGUCCUUGUUACAGGACCUGUGGGAGUUGCUGCUGAAGAAAACAAUAGUCAGAAGUAUUGUCACCAUGGGAAGGCAAAUACCGGUCAUUGAGCAGUUUUUGUACAGAAAUGUUUUUAAACCCAUUAAAAUCCUUUUUUUUUCCCAAAAGGAAAACCAUCUUAAUUGAUUUCACUUUUAUUAUAUUCACAUUGGGGUUUUUUCUAAUUAUACUCACAGUGUUGCUUUGUUUCUAAUUUUGAAAGUUUAUCUUGUGUCCUCAAACACAGUUAGGCUAAACUUGUCACUUCUUGGAGCUGUUUGAAGUCUGGGACCAGCAUGUCAGUGGAGUUUGAGAGGAACCUCUUGGCAUCUCUAAAGCCAGUGCAAAAAUAAGAGAGAUUCAGUAGAUGUGACUCAGACCCCAGCAGUCCGGAGGAGGAAAUAAGGCCAGACUGUAUUUUAUGUUAGACCUUGCUUACAAAUCGAACUGCACAGCUCAUCUCUUACAAGACAAGGUAAUAGGAAAAAGUAGUGUGUUGCACUAGCAGUGUUUGUGUAUUUUUAAGCAAAGAUUUUAAGGAGGGGAAAAAAAAGAGUUGGGGUACUUUUUGGAUCAGAGACCAGUGUCUCCACAAAGUCAUAGAGUGAAAGCAGUAGCAUUAGGUAGAAGGUAAAAGCACAGAGUGCAAUAUUGGGUUGGGGAAAGCCAGUGAGGUUCUGUGCUGCAACUGAACAUCGGUACAGCUGUGCUAACAUCUCCUGGUUUUAAAUACCCGCAGUGAGUUAUCUUAAAGUCUUUGUAAAAAGAGUAUCAGGCCAUAACUGGAUGGAUGGAUGGCAGAGCUUAUUCUAAAUGCUGGCACCUGAAGGCUGUAACGCUGCCGUGAGAGAGAUGAGCAGCAUUCCCCUUUCACCGUGGGGAGUACCGAAGGGUAGGGCUGAUGGGACUUUGCUUGAAGCCACGUUAAAACCAGUGGCAGAGCUCCUUCCUGGAUUACUGGUCGCUGAGCUGACCAAUGGAUCUUGCUCCUCUUCCCAAUGGCCUUGUCUCUACUCUGUGAUUUCCUUUUCUGAUGAUUUUCCAUUUCAUGCUGGCAAUGACAGAAUUUACCUCUCUGACUGUUAGGCUGGGUGCGAGGACUGAGUGGGUACUGGUGAAAACUUCCCUAACCCGAAGCUUUCUUUUGUAAAGACUGUGACCAGGUUUGGGAUUUUGCUUGCUUGUUUGUUUUCAGUCUCUUCACCUAUUUCUGGGAAGUAGGGAGGGGAAGGGAACAGAGGAGCGUUUUUCCUCCUUAGGUAUGUUGCUAUGAGCGUGCCGGCCGAGCAGCAUUGUAGUGGUAGAACAGAGUCCCUUUCUGCUCAUAAAAUCCACCGGCGUGGCUGAAUAUUGGAGAAUGUUUUUGGAAGGAGGCAGUUAAACAGCAAUUGUCUGUGAGUGCGUUCGCAGGGGCUGCCUGUGCCUGUCCCCUUAGCGUCACACUAAGGAUACUUCUGCAACUUGAGGGAUAACUAACUCUUACCAAAAGCCCCGUUGGCUGUGGAGACAUUAAAAUUUCUGUAGUUUCAUUAAGACCUCUACUUAAAAUUCCACACCAAGUGACAUUUAAAGGAUGAUCGCAAUUUUAGUCUGUUUCCGCUUUCCCUUACAAGUUGCAGCUUCCUGCCACGGGCUUUAACAACGCCUUUAAUGGAAGCGACCAGCGCAUCCCUGCUUCAUUCACCUGGGUACACCUGCGGCCGGGACGGAGCCGCGGCACCGGAAUCCCGCGGUUUGAGACCGUUUUGCCGUCGGGCAGCGGCUGUUCUGGGUCCGCACCGCCCGCUGGGGCGCUCCUGCCGUA